AUUCUUACCAUAGCAUACUUUUCGUGUCAGGUCCGCAGAGUUGACGUCUCGCACGUCUGAGCCUAGAACUUAGGAUAACUAUCAUCCAAGCCUGCGAUGUCAUUGAAUCACUAUUCUGCUACUGGUUACCAGCAGGAUUUGAUCAAAAUCCUGCGACGUCAACUACCGAAACUCGAAGAUGAAGAAGAAGGAACUGAAAUUGACGAGGCGUUCCUGAAUCGACAAUUAUUCGAUGCUCACCUGCGGCAUGUAGUUUACCGCAACGACUUCGAAGAUGAGGACAUUGACCUUCUCCCUUUCGAGACGGCCGAAAUACUUCAGGAAAAGCUCAAAGAACUUUGCCAAUUGUUGAAUACGAGCACCAAUGAUAACAUUCAAUCUCCGACACAAUCUCCGACAGAAAAUCUUGCAAGUUCUGACAUCCAUUCUGAGGAAGCAGGAGAUUUUAGGCGACUGAAACAAAUGCUGCUUUUAGUCGAUAGGUCUAAAGGCCCAUUUCAGCUAGCAACUGGGGACAAACAUUCACUUUUCAGGUUUGAUUCGCCAGCAGCUACCCGGAAGGCGCGUACUCUGGUCCAAGACUUCAAUCACUUUCUCAACAAUAUAUAUCAGAAUCCUCCCCUUGAACUGUUUCACACGGCAACGAAGAACCAAAGGGCAACUCAUGUCUGGGCGCACGCCAUAGACCUCCAAUAUCGAGCCAAAAUGGGCAAGAUACUUGAUUCACUCCAUACGGAGUUCCCGAAAUGCGAAACCUCAGAUACAGUGAACUCGCAUAAGGUCUUGAUACAGCUCAUUGACUCCGAAACUAUGCGCCAGCCUGUUUCAUUGCUUAGUCUCGACCUCUUCUUGUUCUGUCCAAGUCCCGAACAGGAACAGUGGCACAACAUCUUGUGUAGAUUCAAACAAAAUACCAUAAUACACUCAAGAGGCGAUAUAACGCUAUGCAAGCUCUUGAAGUCUUACUCAGAUCGUAGCGACGGUCUCACGCUUGUGUUUAACCAAACCCAAACCGAUUUUACCCACCAGAUAAAGGAACUUUCUUCACACAACCGAACACCCAAUAUCAAGCUUUUGGAUCUAAUCAACCGAUUCAAUGCCUUUGAAGUUCCGAGUGGAAAGAACCUAGACAAAGACAUCUUCAAAUAUUCUGAACGACGGACAUUAGCUGCGAAACUGGCGCUUAAUCUUUUGACCUUUUGUGCAUGGCAGCAUUCCUCAAUGUCCUGGGACGACAGUGAGAUUUUCUUUCUCGGGUCUUCUCCAAGUGAUUAUGAGAAAGGGAAGUCUUACAUUGAAUGCUUCCUUGGUCGAGAGUCGUCAGCUGAUACGCGAGUUGAGUCACUUGUUGCUGACCCAAUGCCCUCAUUUACUAGAUUCGCGAAGCUUCUUCUCGAAUUAGAAUAUGGGCCCCUUAUGAAUGGCGACUACAGUGAGAAGACCAACUAUGGAUACAACCUGGUCAAGGACUUUUACAAACGCGAGAUGAAGUAUGGAGACCAGUCGCGGAUCUCGUAUCUCACGGCAGUCCAGACAUGCCUUGAUUUUGACAGGAUCUAUGUACAGGAGAGAUGCAAACUUCUUACCCAACUUGAAACGGAAGAUGAGACGUGCAGGCGGAUCAUUCGUACACGUAUUGUGGAGAACAUCAUGAAUGACCUGGAUACCUCUGUUCAGCGACGAUUAAAACAUCAUCGCCGAAUGUCCUCAAUAUCCAAUCCCGACUCCAACAGCAGUAACGACCAGAAAUUCGAGGGCACGGGCAAACACUUCGGUCGCCAACGAAAGCGUAUGAAGAAUCUGGCUCUAGCAUCAAUAUGCUCUGAGAACCCCCAUGGCACUCGAGAGGAUUCUCGGAAGAGAGCUGAACAUAGCCGGACUGACGUAAAGUCGGGCAAAACACCAUUAAAUAUCAUUAAUGUCCAAGAGCAUCGUCCCAAAAUUGUCCCUCGAGAGGCUCCCCAAUAUUUCGGGGAGCAUGGAGAGCUUAUGCUGAAAAGGUCCGUAUCAACUGCGUCGGCAACUUGGUUCGAAAAGUUCGACAACUUAGACAGAUUUCUUACCGCGACUUGCGAGGAGACUGACAAAAGAUAUGAGCAAAACCGUGUAAAAAUCGCGGUUAUUGACUCAGGUCUCAAUGCCGAACGCCAAAACGAUGCAUAUAUCACCUAUAGGAACUUCAUUCCUGAUGAAAAGCGCAAUCCAGCGUUUCGAGACGACCCUCAGCAUGGUACUGACUCUGUGGAUCUUAUCCGUAAGAUUUAUGGUCGCGCACAUAUCUACGUAGCAAAGGUAUUCCAAGCAACCGAGGCAGACGCUAACACUUCAACUUAUAUGGCUCAUGCAGUCCAGUGGGCUAUUGAGCAAGAAGUCAACAUCAUCAGCAUCUCUGCUGGCUUCCGCAGAGGCGAAAACGAAUAUUUGAGUCGCAAGAUAGAAGAGGCCACAGCAGGAGGUGACAGGCCAGAAAUCCUUGUAUUUGCUGCCGCUUCCAAUUCGCAAAAUAUCCACAAGGUCGCCUUUCCAGCCAACAUGGAAGAUCGAGUGUUCUGCAUCUUUUGCUGCAACGGUGGACUGGUGCAUUCCAGGCAGUGGAAUCCUAGUGCCCUACCUAGUCCUCGCAACUUUGCCAUGCUAGGUGAGGAUGUUGAGUUGCAUUCGGGAAGAACACUGGCCGGGGGAACUUCAAUUUCCACCGCUUUGGUAGCAGGUCUCGCGGCAAAGCUGCUGGAUUUCUCUCGCCAGCCCCAAGUUCGCGAUCGGAGAACAUUACUUGGACGUAAGAUGCAGAAAAGAGCGGGAAUGAGCUUAAUCUUUCGGGCCAUAGCUUCAAAGGGGAAUGAUGGGUACCAAUACCUGGAGCCAUGGGAGAUCCUACCUGAUCUCAAGGGUCGAAGCCGGAGCAGUGUGAGAGAGGGAAUAUGUACAAUUAUUGAGAAGGCUGUGCAGUAUAUCUGUUAGUAUUAUCAUGAAUGGUGGUGUGGUAAAAUAGAGAUCAUCACCAGCGGCCGGUAUAUGAUAUCAAUUAGCACAAUAUCAAUACGUAUCAGUUGAAAAUAGAUUACUGAUCGGCUUAAGUCCU